AUCAACGCGAAAUUUAUUGUAGGCCCAUCGAACACACUAACGAAAUAGAAACAAUUGUGUUAUACCCGAGAACGUCAAGCACAGCAGCACAGUGAAAUCUAGACCAGGGUCAAAUCAGAUCAUUGAGCAUUUAAUCUUUCUUGAAUACUCUGUUGUUUUUCUUUACAAGUUCUGGACUGACACUUCAGCUCCAAGAUGAUACUUUAUAUUCUUGUGAUGUUCACGUUGAUUGGAAGCUCAAGUCAACAAGACCUAGGUUUUGUUCGACAUGUCUCUCAGAAUUUCCAUGAAAAGAUAAACAGUAAACUGGAGCAACAGAUUCUUUCAUUUCACAAUCAGGAGUUGGCGCUGAGAGCUUAUGCUUCUUACUUUGGUCGUGCAGAUGUCAACCUGUUGGGCUUCAAGAAGUUAUUGACUGGACUCAGAGACCGCGCAUUGGACAAUGCUUUGAGUGUCACAACAUUCAUCAAUGACAGAGGUGGUCGAGUUAGGUUCCCUGUAGUUCAGUUGAAAGAUGCGUGCAAUGAAAUCACCAAGUCCCUGACGUCUUAUGACAUACUACACCCUUCCUUUGCUGCCUCUGGGCGAACACAGCCUCAUAUUUGUAAUUUUCUAACGACGAGUGCGGUAUCCAAAAAGCGAAAUCCUGCUGACGAUAAUGAUAAUUCAGAUGACGAUACUCGAGACAAUUGGCGAGCUGGACUUUACGCUUUGGAGGAUACUUUAGCUCUGGAAAAAUCCAUCAACAAUGGUCUUAUCAAUUUGGCCAAAGAAGCUACGAAAUUUAGCGACCCUCAAACACGUGAUCACGUGGAAAACUUCAUAGACAAACAAGUUGAAGUCAUUCAGAAGCUGGCGGAGAUCAUCACCAAACUACGAAGGUACCAACAAGACGAUGAGUACAUUCUUGGAGAAUAUCUGAUUAACAACGAACUCGAGUCCUAGAAGUCCAUAACCAAGACAUGAUUGACCUCUCCCUCUACUAUCUGAACAUGACAAAAGCCAUCGGACUACAAGGCUAAAAUACAUGCUACUGUUAGUGAUACACUUGCUACACAGACUAAUAAAAUGCAGGUCUAUUGAAAACUA